AUGCAUUUAACUACUAAAGAACAUCAGAAAGCAGCACUUGGAUAUACCGAUCGACCAUCAGAUCAAACAGAUCUUGUAAUUGGAUUUACAAUUCAAGCAGGUGUUGAUAAGUUGGAUGUUAUAGCAAAGAUGCAGUGUGUCUAUCUCUGUGCAAAAAAGCAUCUUGCAAUUGAUGCAUUUUCUAAUUUAGUUGAAUUA